ACAUUAUCCUUCCCCAGCCUGCACCCCCAAACCUUAAUCUCCUUAGAGUUCCAGUGUGAGAAAGAGCGCAGAAAUGGCUCCGGUGAAGGUAUUCGCCCCGGUGAUGUCGACGGCGGCGACCCGGGUAGUUCUGUGCCUUGAGGAGGUCGGGGCGGAAUAUGAGCGCGUCAACAUCGACAUGGCCACCGGCGAGCACAAGUCCCCUGCUCACCUCGCCAGAAAUCCAUUUGGUCAAGUGCCGGCUUUCCAAGAUGGGGAUCUCGUUCUUUUUGAAUCGAGAGCGAUCGGACGAUACGUGCUGCGCAAGUUCAAAUCCUCCAACGUUGACCUGCUACACGAGAGUAGCUUGGAGGAGUCAGCCAUGGUGGACGUCUGGUUGGACGUGGAGGCUCACCAGUACGACAAGGUCAUCAGCCCCAUCUUCUACCAGGCGGUGAUUAUCCCCCGCUUCUACGGUGGUACGACGGACGAGAAGGUGGUGGAGGAGAACUCGGAGAAGCUGGGAAAGGUGCUCGACAUUUACGAAGCCCGUUUGUCCCAGACCAAAUACCUCGCCGGAGACUUCUUCAGCUUCGCCGACCUCUGCCACUAUCCCGUCACCCACUUCGUUACCAAAGUCCCUCAAGUGGCCGCCCUGUUAGAGGCGCGCCCUCACGUGAAGGCGUGGUGGGAAAGCUUGGAGUCGCGUCCGGCCUGCAAGAAAGUGGCCGCCGAAUUCCCUCAGUGAUCAUGAAGCUGCUGCCACUGCUCUCCAAUCUUCAUCUUCUGAUGCUUCCACUAGAUCUAUGUGUGUGCUAUAUGCUAGUUGCUUCUACGCCUUACUUCCAAUAAUCCCAAUGAUGUGCUGCGUGCAUUUGUGAUCGACGCUUCGCUUAGCGAUUCCUACUUUUUCUUUUCAGUCUAUGGAACUUGAUCGUGAAAUUAAUCGUUGUCUGUAAUUGUUGUUCAAGUUUGGAGCUUUUUAUUGUACACAAAUUUGAGAUCUUUGCUUGAAUUAAAAUGUCAAAGUUUACUAUUCUAA